GCCUGGCGAAGCUGUGGGCAAAGCGGGAUGAAAAUACAUUGUUUUACAAGACCAGCAAAAAAAGAAAAGACUUGGCUCCAAUAAUUCUAAUUCCACAAAACCUAGUUUCCCCAGGCCACGUUCUUUGCUUUCGUAAACAUAUUAAAGGUUUCCCAACCCCAACGUCAUCACCACUUACACAAUAUCAUAAUACCAUGAUAUUAUAACAUCAUAAGUAUUAUUUUAUUAUUUUGUUUUAUACAUCAACUGCAGCUAGUACGAGCUUCAGCUAUGGCGCCCCUAGAUCCUGCUGUGACCAAGCUGGUCGACCUGAACCAGAAGAGCCUAUACCUUUCUGCCCUUGCGAUCGCUUUUAACCCGCUAUUCUGGAACAUCGUAGCUCGACGAGAGUACCAUAACAAGACACUCACCAAGCUUUUUGGCGGACAUUCGCAAGCUGCCUGCUAUGGGUUAGCUCUCACGAUCUUCUCCCUUGGUCUGGUGCGCGACUUCUUAUACGAGCGUGCCCUGCGCCAUCAACCUUCCUACCCUUUACUCGAGCUGGAUGAGGUGAAAUAUCUGGCAUAUGGACUGCUUGCUGUCGGAAAUAUCCUGGUUAUAUCCUCGACCUGGGCGUUGGGUAUUACGGGCACGUUCUUGGGAGAUUAUUUCGGAAUAUUGAUGGAUGACAUCAUCACGGGCUUCCCCUUCAACAUCACAGAUGCACCCAUGUAUAACGGCUCGACCUGCAGCUUCCUCGGCACAGCGCUAUUAUACGGCAAGCCAGCUGGUAUUCUACUGACGGCUUGGGUUUUUGUUGUCUACCAGAUCGCUUUAAAAUACGAAAACCCGUUCACGGCUGGAAUAUAUGCGAAGAGGGAAAAAGAGCGUGCUGCGGCGGGGACAGGCAGCAAGAAGUCGCAAUGAUUUGUGACUGGUUUGACUGGCUGGGUAAGCACUCGGCAUGCAUAGGCCAUACCGACAUUUACCGAGACUCGCCCGAAACCGGAAACCGGAAACCGGCUACAAGGUGGGCCAACGGGUGGCUGAAUACCUAUGAACCGGGAUGGUCCCUAUGAUGCUAAGGUACGUAUGAGCGUGGGAAAUUGGCACGGCGGUGUAUUCAGCGACACACCUAGAGGCGUUUGCAUGGCGGAUAUGGCGUUGGAAAAGGGAGCACAAGCUAGAUGGGUUGAGGAGAAAUAGGAUGAUCAAUUGCGAAGAGACUGUAUUAAGCGAGAGCAAUCUAGAAGAGCUCUAUAAUAACUAGUUAAGUCGAAGUUGCUUGCAUGUCUUAGAUGCUUCUCGGCUAGCUAAUGCCGUGAUAUGGCUUGUGAUAUCCGAUUUUACUCAACCACAAGCCUUUUUUCUACGAAUUUCUUCCAAUCCAAGCAUUGGGACUCAAUACCAAGAACCAACUAGCUCUCAUCUUUUCCUUUCCAGCCUCCACACAUGUAUGUGCACAUGCUAGAAAGUUCAAAUAAAGGCGAACUGGGGAACAAAGGUACAGUUAAAUAUAAC